AUGAAGCUCAGUGGCAUAAUCACGGAAUUGCCCCCGUCUCUCACACACUCUCUCUCUCCCGCGCGUCGCUCUCUCCCUCCUCUGGUUCGCGACCGCCACCACAGCCGGCCACGUUUUGGCCGGCCGUUCAGUCAUCCGGCCACCACUCGGGUCGGGACCGGUCCCAAAAUGACCGGCCUGACUCCGCCGUCCUACCCCACCUGUUCUCCGACGUCAGCCGGCAGCGAUACCGCCGGAAAGUGCAGAAAAACGGCCGGUUUUUACCCAGAUUUUCCGGAGCUCGUUCCGGCGAUUCCGGCCACCAAAUCUUGCGAUCAAGGUAUGCGUAGGCAACUCGAUUUACGAAUUGGGUUUCGGCCGGAUUUCGGGAUGAGAUUCCGGCCACUUCCGGAAGCUUGGCCGGCGGUUUGGAGUUUUCCGGCCGCCGGAAAUUACUCAAGGCACCCACGCGCUGCCGGCGCGUGUGGCGGCGCGUGGGCUAGGAAAAUGGACCGGCUCGAGAGUCCCGAACGGAUAUCGCAUAUCGCGUAUUUUCCGGGUUCGCUGGGAUCGUGUAGGAUCCGACGGAUCGUAAAACGGAGUCCCGGAUACUCCGGAAAUGCCAACCCUGGGGUUGGGGUUUUAGUAACCGUCCGAUCGUGUGAUCGUGAGCGAUCCGACCGUCCGAUCUGGACCAAACUUGCAGGACAUGUGUCCGAGAGCCUAUAG